CAGCCGGCCUGAAGAAGGUAUGCACUGCUUAACCCGAUUGCAUCUCCAUCGUAGCCUCGUCCCAGUCUCAGGUUUAGCCCUCACCAAUCCCACCAGGCCCUCCGCCGAUCUCGUUCGCCCCCGCCAACCCUUCCAAGGUCGGCCCUUUGUGUCGCAGAACAAUCCGGCGUCCCUCUCCGACGUCUGCGCUCUCAUCUCCCAUACCUAUGAGGACGGCGACCACCAGCUUCGGUCCCUUCAUGUCCACCUCUCCGACGAGCAAGCAGUCGCCGCCCUUGCCUUCCUCGCCGACUCCGAGGGCUCCACGGUGGCUCUCAGCUUUUUCCGCUGGGCGAUCGCCCGCCCCCAGUUCCGCCACUUCUUGCGAUUCUACGUCACCGCCGGGACCUCCUUGCUCGCCCUCGGCAACCUGAAGAAUGCUCAGGAGGUCAUGAGUUGCUUGGCUGUGAGCUUCUCUGAGGUAGGCAGGCUAAAAGAGGCCGUCGGCAUGGCUUUCGAGAUGCGUAGCCAGGGGCUCCCGAUCAGCAUCGACACCAUGAAUUUGGUUCUCAGGAUUGCCAUCGGCUCAGGAUCUAUUAGCUACGCAGAGCAACUGUUUGCUGAAAUGCCUGCGAAUGGAAUCUUCCCCAAUUCUCAUACUUUCAAGACGAUGAUCGCUGCUUACUGCAGGCAGGGCCGGAUUGAUGAUGUGGAGAGGCUGUUAAGGACGGUGGAGGCGAGGGGUCUUCUGAUCGACAACGUGACAUGCACUCUGGUGGUGAACGCCUUUUGCAAAAAGGGUUGUUUCGGUUGGGUCUCUGGUUUCUUCCGCAAGAUGUUGGAACUUGGUUUUGUCCCAAAUGUGAUCAAUUACACCGUCCUGAUAGCUGCCCUUUGCAAAAGGGGAAGUGUUAAGCAGGCGUUUCAGGUGCUCGAGGAAAUGGUUGGUCUAGGAUUAAAGCCGAAUGUGUAUACCCAUACUGCAUUGAUUGAUGGGCUCUGCAAGAUCGGUUGGACAGAGCGAGCUUUCAGGUUAUUCCUGAAACUUGUACGCAGCAACUCCUACAAGCCGAAUGUGUGUACUUAUACUGCUAUGAUUUCAGGAUACUGUAAGGAGAACAAGCUUAGUCGUGCAGAGAUGUUGCUAACAAGAAUGCGCGAGCAAAAUUUGGUACCGAACACAAACACCUACACCACUCUGAUCGAUGGGUACUGCAAAGAUGGAAAUUUGGACCGAGCUUAUGAAUUAAUGGAUCAAAUGAAAAGUGAUAAUUGUCUUCCAAAUAUCUGUACAUAUAAUGCAGUUGUACAUGGGCUCUGCAAACAAGGUAGGAUUCAUGAAGCUUAUAGGCAACUACAGGUGGCUUCAGAACAGGGGUUGCAUUGGGAUAAAGUCACAUAUACUAUUCUUAUGACUGAGCAUUGCAAGCGAAGCCAAUGCUCUCGAGCUAUGGAAUUAUUUGAUCAGAUGGUUGAUUCAGGAUGCCAUCCUGACAUUCAUGCAUACACCACUCUGAUUACUGCUUUUUGUAAGUUAAGGAGAAUGGUCGAGAGUGAAAGGUUGUUUGAGAGAUGUCUCGGAUUGGGGUUAGUUCCUACAAAAGAAACUUACACGGCGAUGAUUGGUGGAUACUGUAGGCUAGGUAAAGCAGCCUCUGCAUUGAAAAUCUUUGAGAAGAUGAUUCAGCUUGGUUGUGUAGCUGACUCAGUAACAUAUGGCGCUUUAAUAAGUGGCCUCUGCAAUGAAUCUAGGUUGGAUGAGGCAAGGGCACUUUAUGAAGCUAUGCUGGAUAAAGGUCUGGUCCCAUGUGAAGUUAGUCGCAUUACAUUGGCAUAUGAAUUUUGCAAGAGGCUGAGGUCUAAUACUGCAGUAUGUCUAUUGGAGAGGCUUGAAAAAAAACAGCGGACUCGAACAACUAAUAUCUUAGUAAGGAAGCUUAGUUCUGAAGGGCAAGUUGAUGCAGCAGGUCUGUUCAUUAACAAACUAUUGGAUGAAGAUCAGAAUGCUGAUCGCAUAACUUGCAUUGCAUUUUUAAAUGCAUGCUAUGAAACAGGUAGGUAUUCAAGUGCAUCUGAGUUUUCUGAGAGAAUUUCAAAGGGAAGAAUCAACUUUGUGAAGGACAUCAGUGUGAUAACUUGAGCUAUGUUAAACUUAGAUUCUUGCCUAUUUGAACUUUAAUUUGUGUAUGUCAAAUUUUGUCAGAUGAGCUAAAGUGUAUCGCUGCUGUUUUCUAACUUUCAUGUGAUAAUAGUUCAUGUUGAUUCA